AUGCCUGCCGCCAUGGGCAGACCUGCGAAGCCCGCCACGGGCCGCGACGAUAAAGUCAAGCUGGACACGACCGAAAAGCGGACCAAGCAGCUGCACCACCUAGAAAUGAGGCACCAACACGGCGCGAGCAAGUCCGAUCUUCUCGUCAAGGAUGAGGACGUCCGCCGCCUGAAGCUGCGCAUUCUCCUGCUGCGCGACGAGAACACCACCCUGCGCGACCAGAUCUCCCAGAACAACGACACCCAGGCCAAGCUCGCCGAACAGUGCCAAGACCUCAGCGCCCAGCUCGAGGCUAAGAUCCAGCUCGUACAGUCCCAGGAGCAGCAGCUCCGCAAGCAGGAGCGUGAGUUUUCCAGCCUCAAGGCUGAGCUGCAGUCCAUCAACAACCUCAACGAGGAGUCGACAAACAUGCUGGCCGAGAAGCUGGCUUUGGGCCGCGAGCUGGCCGUGCUCAAGCCCGAGCUCGAGCAUCUGAGAUCGCAACUCACCCACCAACAAGCCACACUCGCCGAGAAGCUCGCCCUGGAACGACAGGUCAACACCCUGGAGGUCGAGCUUGCCAACGAGAAGAAGGCCACCAAGCGAGCCAUGCAGAAGCGCGAGAGCACCGACCGUGUCGAAGAUGAUCUCCGCAAGAAGAUCCGCGAGGCCGAGAAGCAGCUGGCCGCCGAGAAGGCCCAGCGCGAGAGACUCGAAGACCAGCUCGCCCAGGAGAAGCGCACCCAUCAGCUGGCUCUCCAAGAUCAGGACAGCACCCGCGAUCUGGAGUCGGACCUCCGCAAGAAACUCCAGGACGCCCAGAAGGAACUCCGAGAAUCCACUGCCGACAAGGAGAGGCUCGAACAGGAGCUCGAAGCCGAAAAGCGCCAAGCCAAGAGGUACCAGAAGAAGCAACAGAGCGAGAGCGCCGAGGAGGACGAUGAGCUGCGCGGCAAGCUUGACGAGGCCGAGACCAAACUGGCAGCAGCACAGAAGGAAGCACACAAGGUCCGGACCGAGGCACAAACCUCCGUCGCCGACGCCGACGCUCGCAGUGAGGCCUUUGAGAAGAAGUUCGAGAAGCUCAAGGCGAAAUUCCGAGACCUGCAAGAUCAACUCAAGCAAUGCCAGGCAGAUCUGCGGAAAGCACAGCAAGGACAGCAAGCCAAGCCUUCCGUGGCUGCUUCCUUGCCUUCCCUCGCCGACGAGGUCGCCAAGAAGACGGCAGCACGCCAGGCAUUCAAGAAGCGCAAGGCACAGGAGAUUGCUAAGGACGAUUUCACACAGAUAACCAUAGACACGCCGAGUGCCGAUGACAGGCCGCGGAAGAAUUUCAAGAAGAAGCUGGCUGAGCCUACCAUGCCUGGCGAGAAGUCGACAUUCUCCAUCACGCCUUUCCUCAACCGCUCCAAGACUGGCAGCGACGACAACCAAGAGGACGACGACGAGGAGGUCCACGAUUCAAUACUAGGUCACAGAGAGAGGCCGAAGACGAAGAAGACGGUUGGCUUCGCAACGACGACGGAACCUAUUGUGUUCACAGGAGGAGACGCCAGCAGCAGCAGUCCCGCGGCAUCGGAACCGCCUUCGACAGAAGCUGCCGAGGAGGAGAAGCCACAAGCACAGCCCAAGCCUCGUGGUCGUCCCAAGAAGGUACUUGCAGAUGCACCUUCGGCCAAGAAGAACGCGCAGCCACUUCCCAAGACAGCUCUCAAGAAGACGGCCAAGCCCGCCCCUUCUCUUGACAAAGUGGCCGAGGAGGGCCAAGAGAACGCACCCAAGCCAGCGGAGAAAACCCAGCCCCUCAAGUUCAACUACACUAUGCCGCAGGACACCAGCACUUCUUCUGCCAACACGUCCAAGGGCGAGGAAACCAAGAAGAAGAAGCGCAAGGUCUUGGGAGCCAAGAAGACUUUGUUUGAUGACGAGGACGAGGCCGAGGAUAUUCCUGUCCGCAAGCCCGCGCCCGUCGCGGCGAGCGGCAAGAGGGCCAAGGCGCCUUUGGGCGGUGUGCGCAACGCAUUUGCCGGUGCAUCCUUCUCGCCACUGAAGAGGGAACGCAGAGGCGUCGGUGCUAGCUUCUUAGCUGCUGCUACUGCCCUGCGAUGGUCUUCAUCCAAUUCGAGAUGGAAGCAACGCCAGGGCAAUGAUUUCUAUGCGCGGGAGGCCAAGGUCCAAGGCCUGAAAAGCCGGGCUGCCUUCAAGUUGCUAGAGAUGGAUUCGAAGUACAAAAUCUUCAAGAGGGGCCAGACAGUCAUCGAUCUAGGCUACGCACCCGGCUCCUGGUCUCAGGUGGCCCAAGAGCGCACCAAGCCGAACGGCCGCAUCGUCGGCAUCGACUUGAUACCCGCGCAGCCACCCAAGGGCGUGUCGACCAUCCAGGGCAACUUCUUGUCGCCCCAGGUCCAGGCGCUGGUCAAGGAGUACCUCCAGGAGUUUGCAGCACGGAAGCCGGCGCCCCGGCCUCGUAGCACGGUCGGAUCCUCCGACAACGCGGAUGUCGACCCGGAGGACGUGGCGAACCUCAUCCGGCAGGCGAGCUACAUCGAUGCCGAGAGGGCGGAGACCGCGGAGCAUCCGCUUGAGGACCCCCAUGAUGCGGGACGGUUGGUCGAUGUGGUUUUGAGCGACAUGUCAGCACCCUGGAGCCAGACUUCCGGAUUCUCCAGUAACACGUUGAGUAACCCGUAUCAUAGGAUGAUGAACACGAGCGGCAUGAGCUUCCGUGACCACGCCGGCAGCAUGGACCUCUGUAUGGCCGCGCUUCAAUUCGCGAGCGACACGCUCAAGACCGGUGGCCAUUUCUUGUGCAAGUUCUACCAGGGCUCCGAGGACAAGGAGAUGGAGCAAAAGCUCAAGAAGAUGUUUGGGAGGGUGCACAGAGAAAAGCCCGAAUCCUCGCGGACUGAGUCGCGAGAAGCGUAUUUCGUCGCGCUGCGGAGGAAGGGUGAUGUAACACUAGAAGAUAUCACGAAAUAA